CUCUGCACAGGUUUCCAUAAAUCUCCCCCAGUGUCCGACGAUCACCCUUGGUUACAAACCAUAAGACCCAUAGCUGCACAUUUUGGCCAUCCCUGAUUAUAAAAGGAUGUGGACUGCAGGUAGAAAGAUAUGAUAUGAUAUGUUAUAGAGCCAACGACUGUCCGGGCAUACUGGGAGUUGUAGUUUUGCAACAUCUGGAGGUCUGCAGGUUGGAGACCACUGUUAUAGAGGAUAGAUAGAUAGAUAGGAUACAGUAAUUAACAUUAGCGAGUCAACCCCUCACAUUUUUGUAAAAAAAAUAUUGUAUCUUUCUAUGUGACAACAUUGAAGAAAUAAUACUCUACUACAAGUGCCAGCGUCUACAAUGUCUAUAACAAACUAUGAGAAUUCAACCCGUAUCUAUCAGCCCAUACAGAACCAAACUCCCACAGCUGUUCAAAUCUAUGAGACCUUACAGAACCAAACUCCCACAGCUGUUCAUAUCUAUGAGACCUUACAGAACCAAGCUCCUACAGCUGUUCCUAACUGGAAUACACAAGUUUCUCCCAUUGUACAAAGUCUCUCCUCACCCCCUCCUAGAUAUAAUGCCGCUCCUUCAACCCAGAUGUGGACUAUCCCCACCGUGGCACCACAAUACAGUGUGGCUAGAGUAGCAGCACCAAAUAUAGAUCCAUCAUCUCCUUUUUACCAAACAUUCCUGAAAGGCAAACCAAGAGCUUUGGGGAUUGUAUUGAUUGUUUCUGCCAUUUUAGAGAUUGCUUUGGGAAUUACUCUGUGUUAUACCAUAUUCUCCGUAACUCUGCCAAGUGGUAUUGCCUUUUGGGGGCCAAUUUUUUACAUCAUCGCAGGAUCUCUGACCAUUGCUGCUCAUGCUAAACCCAACCUGUGCUUGGUCAGAGGAUCCCUCUCCUUAAACAUCAUCAGUUCCAUAUUCAGUUUUGUUGCUGUAAUCCUAAAUAUUGCUGAUCUAGUGACCAUUGAUUGCUAUUACUAUUUGGGUGGCUAUAAUGGAAACUACCACUAUAAUAAUGAAUAUAGAAGAUGCAAAGAACAGCUCGGCAGUGGAUAUGCAGUGCUAUCUAUUCUCCUUAUUGCAAAUUUGUUGCUAUUCUGUGUGUCCUUAUCCGUCUCCAUUUUUGGAUGUUGUUCUUUAUCAAAGGUUUCCUCAUAUGGUCCUCAGGUAUUUUUGAUCCAAAAUGAUGUAAUAGUUUCAACUAAUCCGCCUACAGUACCAGCCACAUUUUCAGGAGUUGCUCAACCAUUUCCAAAAGCAAAUGCACCACCUCCUCCAUCUUAUGUGUUUCAGGAAGCCAAAGCUAGACCAAUGUCAUAGUUAUUUUACAUAUUUCAAAAAACAUUCCUUAAAUUCAGACACAACUGAAGUUCCAAUAAUCUCUAUUAGAAUCAUUUAUCUUUACACUUGGAAUUGAUAUUUUCAUAUAAUUGAUCAAUCUAAGUUUUCAUAUCAAAUUUUUUCUCAACAUUGUAACUAUGUUCCACAGAAGGAUGAAAAUCGAGAAGAGAUAUAAACAUACAUUGCUAUACAUUGUGCUUAUCUGUUACAUCUGCUUGGUUGUUAUUUCUAUUUGUUCUUGUUAUUUUUGACACAUUUGUUCCAAAAUAACUUUCAUUCUCUAAUAAAUUCUUAUAAUUUUAUUAAUAAACUGCAGAAUUA